GCGCAUCUAACCAGCAUGUCCAAGAACCAGAGGCUCUUUUCUGCCCUCCACGGGACUAGGCCUCCGAUCUUGAGCAAAGUCACAGCCACCCAUCCUUCCAUGGUAGAGAAGCUCGCAGCCGGUGGAACCCUCGUCCACGAUGUCGACACUGGGCUCCUCCUGCCGUCCUCAUCAUUCCCCUUCCCCUACUUCAUGCUCGUGGCGCUAGAGGCCGGAGGGUACCUACGAGGCCUUGUGCUCCUUCUUCUCUACCCAAUCAUCUUAUGCAUGGGCGGCGACAGUGACCCGGCCGUGAGGUUGAUGGCUAUGGUGGCCUUUUGUGGGUUGCGCCCGAGCCAGUUCCUCGCUGGCUGCGCCGUGCUGCCCAAGUGGCUCAUAGAGGACGUGGCCGCGGAAGGCUUUGAGACGAUGAGGAUGAGUGGUGCCGCCGGAGGGCGGAGGGUGUGCGUGACCCGGAAGUUGCCGAGGGUGAUAGUUGAGGGGUUCCUCAGGGAGUACCUCGGCGCCGAGGCAGUCAUCGGGAAGGAGAUGAAGGUGCUCUGGGGAUUCUACACAGGUCUAAUGGAGGAAGGAGACGAGGGUAUGUUGGAUGAGCAGCACAAGAUCAUGCGGGAGGGAGAUGAUGCUGUGGGAUUCUCUGGCUCGCUCCAGUUUCUCCAGCAUCCUCUCUCACGCUGUUGCAAGAAUGUGUACCUGGAGACACGGGUGGAGAGAGCUACGUGGCAGGCACUGCCCCGGAACAAGUACCCCAAGGCCAUGGUGUUCCACGACGGCCGCCUCGCCUUCCGGCCAACAGCAGGCAGCACGGUCGCCAUGUUCAUGUGGUUGCCCUUGGGUGUUCCCCUUGGGGCCUUCCGCCUGGCCGUCAUGCUCGCCAUGCCAUAUCGAUAUUCCACGAUGAUCGUGGCGGCCACCGGCAUGUCUUGGCGCCUCAAGCAGGCCGGCGAGCGUCCGACCAAGUGGCUGGGCGGUGACGGCGAGCGAGGACAUCGACGCCGGCGCGGGAAGCUGUACGUGUGCAACCACCGCACGCUUAUCGACCCCGUGUAUGUGUCCAUAGCGCUGGACCAACCGGUGCGCGCUGUGUCCUAUAGCCUCAGCCGCCUCUCCGAUCUCCUCUCGCCGAUCGGCAGCUCGGUGCGGCUGGCACGAGACCGUGUCGCCGACGGACGCACCAUGAGCGGCCUGCUGGACCGCGGAGACCACGUCGUCGUCUGCCCGGAGGGAACCACAUGCCGGGAGCCGUACCUCCUCCGGUUCAGUCCGCUGUUCGCCGAGAUCAGCGACGAUAUUUUCCCCGUGGGCGUCGCCGUCGACACGGCCAUGUUCUACGCGACCACGGCGGGCGGACUCAAAUUCCUUGACCCGCUCUACUACCUGAUGAACCCCAGGAUGUGCUACACGGUUCAUUUUCUGGAGCCGGUGAGCACGUCUGCUGUCAGGGAAAGGAAGGUGUCGAGCGCCGACGUCGCCAACCUCGUGCAGUGGAAGAUUGGGGAUGCGCUCGGUUACAGCUGCACCAUGCUCAAUAGGAAGGACAAAUACCUCAUGCUUGCCGGCAACGAUGGCCUUGUCGUCCACAAAGCUCAAGGGAGGAAUUAA